GUCUCAUACAUUCCAAAGGAAGUUGAAGCUAUAGAGACAACAGUCAGGGGCUGGUGGUGGUGCUUUUGGGGGUCUAGGAGAGCCCAAGGCCCUGAUAUUUUAAAAUGUCCUCCUCGGCAUCUCCAGCAAGUUGCCACUGCUGGCGAAGAAAGCGAGGUAUAGACAAGGAGCCGAGCUGAAACACUGGCUAGAUUCCGGUAGGGGUCUGAGCCAUCACUCCCACCUGGAGGCGCGGUCUCCAUUCCUCUGAAGCCCUUUGUGCGGCCCCCUUCCUCACUGAGUUCUGGGCUGCGGCGGCAGCACUCUGCUCUAGCACUAACUCUGAAGCUGCCAGGGCAGCGUCAGCGGACAGAUGAAAAGGUGCGGGGACAUGCUGGCUGCCAGCCGGGGUUCCGCAAGCUCAGGCCUUGGGCGGGGCGUGGAGGGCCAGGCCCCGCCCCUCGAACGACGGCCUUAAGUGUGCGCACGCGCAGGGGGCCGCGCUUUCUCCGGGCGGCGGCACCGCCCACAGCCUGGGACGUCAGCGGCGCGCGACGUGCUUUGCUGUAUAAAUGCGGUGGCGCCCGGCGUAGGGACACUUCGGUCCUGAGCGCUUGGGAGUUAGGUUGUUUGCCGGCGUAGCGGCCAGCGCCUGAGCCCGCCCUUGCUCUUCGCUGUGGCAUGGCGGACGAGGGGAAGUCGUACAGCGAACACGAUGAUGAACGCGUUAAUUUCCCUCAAAGAAAGAAGAAAGGCCGGGGUCCCUUCCGGUGGAAAUAUGGUGAAGGAAACCGUAGGUCUGGAAGAGGCGGUUCUGGUAUUCGGUCUUCCCGCCUUGAGGAAGAUGAUGGAGAUGUGGCAAUGAGUGAUGCCCAGGAUGGUCCCCGAGUACGAUACAACCCCUAUACCACCCGACCUAACCGUCGGGGUGAUACUUGGCAUGAUCGAGAUCGCAUUCAUGUUACUGUGCGGAGAGACAGAGCUCCUCCAGAGAGAGGAGGGGCUGGCACCAGCCAGGAUGGGACCUCAAAGAACUGGUUCAAGAUUACAAUUCCUUAUGGCAGAAAGUAUGACAAGGCAUGGCUCCUGAGCAUGAUUCAGAGCAAGUGCAGUGUGCCCUUCACCCCUAUUGAGUUUCACUAUGAGAAUACACGGGCCCAGUUCUUCGUUGAAGACGCCAGUACUGCCUCUGCAUUGAAGGCUGUCAACUAUAAGAUUUUGGAUCGGGAGAACCGAAGGAUAUCUAUCAUCAUCAACUCUUCUGCUCCACCCCACACUAUACUGAAUGAACUGAAGCCAGAACAAGUAGAACAGCUAAAGCUGAUCAUGAGCAAACGAUACGAUGGCUCCCAACAAGCCCUUGACCUCAAAGGCCUCCGUUCAGACCCAGAUUUGGUGGCCCAGAACAUUGAUGUUGUCCUGAAUCGCAGAAGCUGUAUGGCAGCUACCCUGAGGAUCAUUGAAGAGAACAUCCCUGAGCUAUUGUCCUUGAACUUGAGCAACAACAGGCUAUACAGGCUGGAUGACAUGUCUAGCAUUGUUCAGAAGGCACCCAACCUGAAGAUCCUAAACCUUUCUGGAAAUGAAUUGAAGUCUGAGCGGGAAUUGGACAAGAUAAAGGGGCUGAAGCUAGAAGAGCUCUGGCUCGAUGGAAACUCCCUGUGUGACACCUUCCGAGACCAGUCCACCUACAUCAGCGCCAUUCGCGAACGAUUUCCCAAGUUACUACGCCUGGAUGGCCAUGAGCUACCCCCACCAAUUGCCUUUGAUGUUGAAGCCCCCACGACGUUACCGCCCUGCAAGGGAAGCUAUUUUGGAACAGAAAACUUGAAGAGUCUGGUCUUGCACUUCCUGCAACAGUACUAUGCAAUUUACGACUCUGGAGACCGGCAAGGGCUCCUGGAUGCCUACCAUGAUGGGGCCUGCUGUUCCCUGAGCAUUCCUUUCAUUCCUCAGAACCCUGCCCGAAGCAGCUUAGCCGAGUAUUUCAAGGAUAGCAGAAAUGUGAAGAAGCUUAAAGACCCUACCUUGCGGUUCCGGCUGCUGAAGCACACGCGUCUCAACGUUGUUGCCUUCCUCAAUGAGUUGCCCAAAACCCAGCACGACGUCAAUUCCUUCGUGGUAGACAUAAGCGCCCAGACAAGCACAUUGCUGUGUUUUUCUGUCAAUGGAGUCUUCAAGGAAGUGGACGGAAAGUCCCGGGAUUCUUUGCGAGCCUUCACCCGGACAUUCAUUGCUGUUCCUGCUAGCAAUUCAGGGCUAUGUAUUGUAAACGACGAGCUAUUUGUGCGGAAUGCCAGUUCUGAAGAGAUCCAAAGAGCCUUCGCUAUGCCUGCACCCACGCCUUCCUCCAGCCCGGUGCCCACCCUCUCUCCAGAGCAGCAGGAAAUGUUGCAAGCAUUCUCUACCCAGUCUGGCAUGAACCUCGAGUGGUCCCAGAAGUGCCUUCAGGACAACAACUGGGACUACACCAGAUCUGCCCAGGCCUUCACUCAUCUCAAGGCCAAGGGCGAGAUCCCAGAAGUGGCAUUCAUGAAGUGAUCGUAGUCAUGCCUCAGAAGCAGUCCCCCCUGUAAAUAGUCCUUGGAUAUUACCGUCUGGUUGUCGUCUGUCAUCUCCUCCUGUCUGGCCCGAGGCCGCCCCGUGACUGUGACCGAGGGAGGGAGGGCUGCCUGAUCCCUCUCCUCGCCUGCCUUCUGGAAGACUUCAGAAGAUUGAGCCUCACUGGUGCCAGGAAGCCAAAGCUUACUUUGUAGAACUGACACUAAACUACCCGAAGGACUUAGGUGCUUUGUGUACUUAACCCCAGGACCUCCUUACUUUUUAAUAUAAAGAGUGAUGUUGUA